GGCUGUGCCGUGGGGUAUGGGGGGGGGGGUUGGGCGGCCAUUUUUGGGGACGUCCCAUCGGCCGCUGUCACCUCUGGCUCCGAACGCUUCUCCGUCCCCUCCACCCCGUGCUGCUCCGGCUCUGCAGCUCAGGCUUGGUGGCUCGCGGUCCAGCAUCACCCCGGGGUUCUGGGAGCGAAGCCGCAGCUCUGCUCCCCUCGCAGCCGCCCCCCGAUGACGGCAUUUAUUGGCAAGUGAACAUGGAGCGCUUCCACCAGCACUUCCGAGACCAGGCCAUCGUCAGCGCUGUGGCCAACCGCAUGGACCAGCCCAGCAGUGAGAUCGUUCGGACGAUGCUGCGGAUGUCUGAGGUCACCACGGCGUCGGGCGCAGCUCACACGCAGCCGCUCUCCUCCCACGAGAUUUUCCGUUCGCUGCCGCCGGGUUACAACAUCACAAAGGCCGUGCUGGAGCAGUGCCUGGCGCUGAUGGCCGACGACCCGCUGCAGUUUGUGGCGAAAUCCGGGGACAGCGGCGGCGGCACCUACAGCGUCAACCUGCACCGCGCGCUGCGCUCACUGGCCACGGCGACGCUGGAGUCCAUCGUGGAGGAGAGGUUCGGUUCCCGCUGUGCGCGGAUUUUCCGCCUCCUGCUGCGGAAGCAGCACCUGGAGCAGAAGCAGGUGGAGGAUUUUGCCAUGAUCCCGGCCAAGGAGGCCAAGGACAUGCUGUACAGGAUGCUGUCCGAGAACUUCGUGGCACUGCAGGAGAUCCCCCGGACCCCCGACCACGCUCCGUCCCGAACCUUCUACCUCUACGCCGUCAACGUGCCGUCCUCCGCCAGGAUGCUGCUGCAGCGCUGCUAUAAGAGCGUGGCCAACCUGAUGGAGAGGCGGCAGCACGAAACCAGGGAGAACAAGCGGCUGCUGGAGAAGUCGCAGCGCGUCGAAGCCAUCCUGGGCUCCAUGAUGGCCACCGGCGCUGAGCGCGCGCAGCUGCAGGAGAUCGAGGAGAUGAUCACGGCUCCGGAGCGGCAGCAGCUCGAGAGCCUCAAACGCAACGUCAAUAAGUGA